GUCUCGCGCUGUAACGGCCGCCGGGUCUCGCGCCGCCCCGCCCGCGUGUGCAGCCGCCGACAUGGCGCACGGACACGACGCUGCCACCGGCCCGCUGCAGAUAACAGAAGCAAUAGAGUGUACCCAUGAAGAUCUCAUAAAAUUGCUUGGAAAUACACGCAAUGAAUUGGAAGAAAAUUUAAAUGAGUUGGAGAUGUUGUCAGUGCAAGCAACUUGUAUGACCUAUGACAUGGUUGCCAUGCGUACAGACCCCUCUAUUGUGGAAUCGAUGAUGCGACUGAAUGAAGCAUAUCUGAGCUGCAAAGAGUCCGUUUCAAAGGACUACAAAGAAGUUUUAAACAAGCCAAAAGAAGAUUAAUUGGAACAAUUAUAAUGUGUUGCAUUUAUGAUUACAUGAUCCAUAUUUUUGAUUAAUUGGAGUAAAAAUAAUAGCUGUGGGUGGUAACACACAACAUGAGAUAUUGGAUCAGCUGCAUGUUACAUGAGGAACCAAUGUUUAAUUUUGUUACAGCCAAAGGACUUCAAUAUCAUCUAAUGAGUAGUGAAAAUCUGAUGUGUGCACCAUUACCAAAGACACAUGUCUACUCCAUUAUGUUAAUUACUUGUUCAGAAUACUUUGUAUGAAUAUACUUGAUGGAGCUGUGUUUGCUUUCAUAGGCAAUAGCAAUAUUUAUUUGUAUUUUGUCUGCAAUUUGUCUUUUGCUAUUAAAAGCCUGUUUUCCUCA